CGACAUAAUGCUAGGACUCAUAUCAGACUGUGUAACUUCCUUUGAAAUAUGGCUAAAGUUGGAGAGUACAUUUCAAACAAAAGGACCAGCCCGAAAAGCCACCCUCCUAAAAAGAGCAGCGUUUGCCCGUAUGAAAGACCGUCAAAAUAAAAAUCGUCAGUUUCAAGGAAAAAAUCGUCAAAUCGUCACUUUGCUAUUUUUGAAACGAAGAAUCGUCAAAUCUGGCAGCUAUGGUUAUGAUGUUUGUUUUUAUAGAGAAGAGGCGCAUAUAAUAGAGAACAGCCGUAUUGGUAAUCUAUAUUAUCUUGUAAAUUCUGAGUAUUUUGCUGGCGCAGUAAAUAGUGUGUGCAACAUUGAUAUGUGGCAUUUUAAAAUGGGCCACUUAAACGAUCGUGACUUGAACAUGGUAUGCAAAUUAACCGGAACUUUCAACUUGUGAAAUUUGUAUAACCGAAAAACAGAUCCGUGAAUCUUUUCCGAAGAAUAGUGGUCAACGUACUAAGGACGUAUUGCAGAUUGUCCACAGUGCACAUUGGGAGAAAACUCCAAUUUAGCGGAAUUUAAUUCAUAUCUUCUUUAUUUAUGACAUGAUCCAUAAGAGAUGUAUAGUUAUAUUUUAGACAAAGAUGUGUGCUAUCGAAUUAGUGUACUUUUGGGAUAUACUGUUUUCAUACAGGGUGUGCUAUAAAGUGUUGUAUUAGACAACCUCAUUUGUAAAUAUGUAUAUUAUAAAUAUGUUUAUAAUUAUGUAUUCCUUUAGUAUUGAUGACUUAUUUGAAAACUAGAGUAUAAUUCGAACUAUGUGAGAUAUAUUAAUGACAUUUUGGACAUGUACCCUACAGUCAGGAUAGACCGAAAAUAUUUUUAAAUAUUUGUAUAUUUUUUUGUAAUGAGGAGUAAAAUAAGAUUAAAAUAAAUAUUAUAAACAUAAUAAAAUAUUUCAUA